CGGGAGCCUGGUGGAUGCUCGCAGGCUGUUCGAGAGGACUUUUAUCCGCGAUGAUGUUGUGUUGUGGAACACCUUGAUUCUUGGAAGGCUGCUCGCCAGAUGCUAGAACGUUCAUGGUUGCUUUCAAGGCAUGCACUUGUCUCUCGGAGAAAGAAGAAGGCAAGCGAGUUUGCGGCAAGACCGUCAAGCUUGAGACCAUGAGAAAGGCUAUGGAAAUUCACUCUCAAGCGGCGAAGUGUGGCUAUGACUCGGACCUUUUCGUGGCAACUACGAUGAUCGACAUGUACGCCAAAUCUGGGAGCUUGACAGAUGCUGAGAAGGUUUUCCAGGAGAUGAAGAACCGUGACGUUGUCGCCUGGACUACGAUGGUUCUUGCCUAUGCCGAACAAGAUGCAAGUAAGCACUUGGCUUUAGAGUUGCUCGACCGCAUGCAACGCGAAGGCUGUGCCCCGAUCUCUCUUACGUACGUUGCUGCUUUGAAGGCCUGCGCGAGCCUGGCGAUGGAAGAGGAGGGCGAGAAAAUUAAUGGAAAGGUCGUGAAGGUGCUCUCGUUGGAGCGAGGAGCUGCCAUUCACUCAAAAGCCGAGGAACAAGGAUUUGAUUUGGACCUCCUUGUGAUGAACGCGGCGGUGGACAUGUACUCCAAGUGUGGUAACAUGGUGGACGCUGGAAGAACUUUCGACCGCAUGGUUCUUCGCACCGUGACUUCCUGGAACACCUUGAUGAUGGGGUAUGUGGAAAACGGUGAAGCAUCGAUGGCUCUAAGCUUGUUCUCUCGUAUGCAGCGUGAGGGCCCGGCUCCAAAUCCUGGAACUUUUGUGGCUGCUCUCAAGGCGUCUGCGAAUCUGUCAGCGCUGCAAAGUGGACGGCAAGUUCACAUAGAAAUCUGCCGCUACGGUCACGAGUUCCAUGAGAUCGUCGCAAAUUCUCUGGUGGAUGCUUACGGCAAGUGUGGAAGCAUGACUCGAGCUCACCAGCAGGUUACAGCCGCGAGGGGAACACCGAGCUCGUGUUCUCCCAGUUCCACAAAUUGGAAGACGAAGGCCGCCUCAAACCAAACGUGGUGACUUUCGUUUCCCUCCUCGCGGCUUGCAGCCACGCCGGGCUGGUCGAUCGAGGCAAGAGGCUUUUCCAGGCAAUGGUGUCCAGGUAUGAGAUCGAUCCAGUGUUGGAGCACUACCACUGUCUGGUCGAUUCUCUGGGCCGUGGGAAUCAGCUGGAAGAAGCGAUGAAGAUCGUGGAGACGAUGCCUUUCUCGCCGAAUGAUGUCACCUGGAGGACGGUGCUGGGUGCGUCGAGGAAGUGGAGCAACGAUCGAGUGGCAAAACAAGCAUUUGAUUCGCUGGUGGGCUCGAUAGGUUCAUUGGGACAAUGAAGAACAAAACGUAAUCUCCUAUGCAUCACUGUUCUUGGCGCCAUUUAGAUUCAAAAUAUUCUUUCGCAAA